UUCUAUUAUUAUUACGGUUAUUAUUAUUAUUAUUAUUAUUAUAGUGUGUUUGUUCUGUACCUCUGUUGACUCGGAGAACCCUGCAAAAAUAAUUCCGAUGUGUCUGGACUGCUGGUCUAGGCACAGAUGGCAAAUAAAAAACCUUGAACCUUGAACCUUGAUCUGAGAAGGAAAUCUACCUAAAUAGAGCUUUAGUUACAGAUUUGUUACAUCUUAAACCUUAAAUGCAAUGUUUUGUAAUAAAUUAAACCAAUUAUACAAGUACAGCUGAGAGGAAUAGUAGAUUAAUCAGUUAAUAGUUUAAAAGCAAUCACUUCAUGGUUCCAGCUACGCACAUGUGAAGAUGUGCUGCUUUCCCUUGGGCUCUGGGUAAUCGUGGCUUCAUUUCUCACUAAUUUCACUAUUUUCACAAACCAAACAAUCAAUAUUUUAAUAAUUGGAGAUAAGGCUAUUAAUCCAUAACGGAAGUUCAAAAUGACCUCCACCUUAACCAACUACAAGAGUAGUGCACUGUAACUAGAACACUGAUAUACAGGAACUGGCUGGCAGCAAUUAGAAAGUCAAUUGCUGUCUACAUUUCACAUUAGCUUUCUGUCAAAUGAAUCACAGUACCCAUACAAUACUCGAGUUAGUUUUACAGUAAUAAUCACAGUACUAUACUUGUCUUCACAGUAACAGGGUAGGCCUACUGCAUUUCUUUUCAUUAGCAAAUCUUAGAAUACUACCGUAAUAUGCAUUAGCCUACAUUAAUUAUAAUACUGCCAAAAUACCUGUAACAUAUUUACAUUUUGUAAUGAAAAGACAAAAACAUAUUUUCCUUUAUCAUUUCUAAAACAUUCAGAAUGGUUUUAAAGGAUUGUAUCAGUAGUUACCUAUACACUCAAAGAAAUGACUCAUUGGAUGAACUCAAUUAAAUUGUUGGCAGGUUUUCCAUCCAAUAAUUAUCUGCAACUCCAACUCAAAUUUAGCACAUCAGUGCAAUACAAUGUAAUUAAGUUCGUCCAACUCAUUUGUAUCAAAUACAUCUAAAAUAAAAUAACGAUAUUCAUUGAAUUAAAUUAAUUUGUGUUUGUCCAACUCAAAAUAUAAACUAACUAACGAAGAAAAUAUGCAAAGUCCACACAGAAGGAACGCCCCGACUGGGAAUUGAACCCACGGCCCUCUGGCUUUGAGGCGACAGUGCUAGCCACUACACCACCAACUCUGAAAGUGUCUUCACCUUGUAAACAACUGAUUUUCAGCUGGCGCAUGCGCAAAGGGUAGUCCUCAAUGAAACACAUUUAUUUUGAGUUGAUAUGCACACCAUCUAACCUAAAUAAAUCUAAUAAAUGAAAGAAUUCAUACAUUUUGUGUUCCACCCAUUAAAUAUAAAUAUCUAUUUUUGUAAUUGAUUUAUUUAAAUGUAUCAAACAAUAUUUAAAUGUGUCACCUCGAAGAAGGGCUUGAAUCGUUUUUGUGAGUGUAACCUAAAUAAAUCUAAUAAAUGAAAGUAUUCAUACAUAUUGUGUUACACCCAUUCAAAAUAAAUAUCUUCGUUUUGUAAUUGAUUUAUUUAAAUGUAUCAAACAAUAUUUAAAUGUGUCACCUCUAAGAAGGGCUUGAAUCAUUUUUUUGAGUGUAGUUAGAGCUGAAUCAGGUUCACCUGGUCCAGCCCCUAGAGAUGCUGCUAUAGGCUUAUAGGCUGCUGGGGGAUGUUUUAGGAUUCACUGAGCACCUCUCUCCUCUUCUUUCUCUACUUAUCAAUGAAUUUUCAUCUCUCCAUCACACAUUCCUAACUCUGCUUCCUCUCCGGAGUCCUUGUGACUUCACGUCUCAUAGGGUCCAUUGGACCUGGCUGUGUCUGAUGCCUCCUGCCUGGUGCUGCUGAUGCCAUGCAGUUCAAACUGUCUGGUGAUGCCCUCUUUAACUUGUUCUCUUUUUCUAUAUAAAAAUGAUGAUUCAUCUUGUUAAAGAUGGUACUCCACAUGACUGUGUAGAGAUUGCAGACACUGUCACUUUGCCAAGAGUUGACCUGAAGGACAUCGCACUACCCGAAGGGGAAGUGUGGUAUGUGGACGGGUCAGCCCAAAAGGAUGUAUGUGGAAAGAACCAAGUUGGUUAUGCGGUAGUGAACCAAGAAGGGGAAGUAAUAAGCGCAGGCUCACUUCCCUCCACGUACUCCGCCCAAGCAGCUGAAUUAGUUGCACUGACUGAAGCAUGCAAAGAAGGGUCAGGCCUAAAACUGACUGUUUACACCGACAGCCAAUAUGCAUACUCAACAUUGUUUAUAUUUGCUAAAAUGUGGGAACAAAGGGGGAUGGUUACAACUACUGGGCGUCCAGUAGUUCAUGCACCUUUGUUAACAGAUUUACUAGCAGCUAUAACUUUACCUAAGGAAUUAGCUGUAGUAAAAUGCCGAGCACACCAAAAAGGCACAGAUAAAAUAACAGAAGGCAAUGCUAAAGCUGAUGAAGAAGCAAAACGAGCGGCUAAAACACCACAUGUACACACAGUGCAAACAACACCGUCAAGCCCAAUUGACCCUGCGAUCCUACACGACGCACAAGCGAAUGCAACGACACAAGAAAAAGCCACAUGGAAAACAAGGGGGGCCAUUGAGGAAAACAAGAUGCUUUGUAUAGAAGGAAAACCAAUCCUACCAAAAAGCCUAUUCAAGGCAGCUGCUAUUUUGAGUCAUGGGCAAUGCCAUGUCUCAACAGGAGGGAUGGUAUCUAUGAUACAACAGUACUUCUAUACAAUAAAUAUACAAAACUACUUAAAUUUUUUUUGUAAAAACAUGUGUGACAUGCAUCAAGCACAACCCUCAAGGAAACCUUCGCCCGAAACGAGGCAGGUUCCCGCUCCCUGAGUACCCAUUCCAGGUAAUGCACAUGGAUUUCAUCGAACUCAAUCCAUGCGGCCAUUACAAAUACUGUUUGGUGAUGGUGGACGCAUUUUCCAAGUGGGUAGAAAUUGCACCAACAACGAAAGCAGAUGCUGAAGCAGUGGUGAAAGCCAUAUGCAAAUACAUUCUGCCCACUCAUGGCAUUCCAAGACGCAUUUACAGUGACAAUGGCUCACACUUUGUAAACGAGGUAGUAACAAGACUAAGCGUCAUUAUGGACAUUGAACUAAAAAAUCAUUGUGCAUACCACCCACAGAGUGCCGGAUUGGUAGAGCGAACCAACGGCACCAUAAAAAGCAGGCUGAAGAAAUGCAUGACUGAAACAGGAAAAACUUGGCUGGAGUGCAUAGACAUUGUGAAAACAUACAUGCACAUCGUUCCGACCCAAACGGGCCUAACACCAUUUGAACUCGUUCAUGGACGACCCUACCGCCUACCACUAACUCACCCAGACUUAGAACAAGUGGGUGAGGAAGAAACAAUAGUGGAGUACAUGAAAAAGACCAUGAUGGGGAGAGGAGUCAGGGAAGCAAAUGUUUUGCCAGAUUCACCUGUCUCUCCCAUUAUGUCGGUACAGGUCGGCGACUGGGUCUUCAUCCGCGUCAUCAAAAAAAAAGGACGUGGAGCGACGCCCGCUGGGAGGGACCAUUCCAAGUCCUUCUGACGACUGCAACCGCUGUGAAGAUAGCCGAGAGGACCACCUGGAUACAUCUUUCCCAUUGCAAACUGUUCCCCACAGAAAUCCCGGACCAGUGCCCUGAUCCCGAGACGACCACGAGCAGAGGGGAAGACUGACUUCAAAGGGGACUGUCCGCUUAAAAGACAGCCGUCUCAACGUCAGUGAAGAAACCAACGAUCCCUGCUCUUAGGUGUCAGCUCGGGUGGAAGAAAAUGUAAACUAACCUUUAGUCUAAGCUUGUAUGAUAUAAUUGUGUAAAACUCCUCACAAGGAACGGACAAUUAUUGAUGUGAAACUGCUGACUAAAAAAGUUUAAAUCCCAAAGAGAUUGUUGUGGUGUUACUAACAAAUAAUAUGUAAACAAAUAAUCAUGAUUCUGCUUAGACUGCUUAACCAAAAUACGUAAAUCACAUUCUGCUUAGAAUUAGAAAGAUACAAGUAAAAUGAUUGCCUUUAUUGAACAUGUUUAAUAAUCAUCAAUAGCAUAAAUAGGAGGGAAAUGAUGGGGAUAUAAAUGUGUGUUAUGCUCUUGCUGACCUUAGCUAAUAGUAAACAGCCAGGAGAGGCUUCUCCUUUGCUGUGACCCCACACUAAUGUUAAAAAACAUAUCUUCGGAAACGUGUCUUGUGAAAACGAUAUGGAAGUGAAAGAGAUGAGUCAGUAACGGAGGGAAGGAACUGGUCAACGCCUCAACGGCUUGACCAGUUCCACUUCCCUUUUAUGAUAUGUAUGUGUGUGGUAAGCUUUCAAUAAAAGGCUGAAGAAAAGGGGUGCUCAGUGGGAUGUCUUGGACGUCGACACUGCUCUGAGCAGGUGUGACUGAGCUCCCCCUUUUGCAAAAGCCAUCAAAGAUA